AUGGCGAUGAAUUUCGUGACGUUCAACCAGGACUAUAGCUAUCUGGCCGUCGCGACUUCCAAGGGAUUUCGUAUCUUCACUACGGAUCCUUUCGCGAAAAGCUAUGAGACGAAGGAAGGGAACAUUGCCAUUAUUGAGAUGCUUUUCUCGACAUCCCUGGUUGCGCUGAUUUUGUCACCACGUCGCCUUCAAAUAACUAAUACCAAGCGCCAGUCGACAAUAUGCGAGUUGACAUUUCCUACCACCGUGCUCGCGGUCAAGCUGAAUCGCAAACGACUUGUGAUAGUUCUGGAGGAUCAGAUCUACCUCUACGAUAUUCAGACGAUGAAGCUAUUGUAUACCAUUGAGACUUCCCCGAACCCAAAUGCAAUCUGCGCUCUAUCCCCCUCCUCUGACAAUUGCUACCUUGCGUAUCCCCUUCCCCAGAAGGCGCCACCCUCGUCGUUUACUCCUCCUUCUCACGCGCCUCCUGGCACCACACAUAUUUCACCUACGAGUGGUGAAGUUCUGAUUUUUGACACUCUGAAGCUGGAAGCUAUCAACGUUAUCGAAGCGCAUCGAUCUCCACUGGCGUGUAUAACACUUAACAGCGACGGUACACUGAUCGCCACCGCUUCCGACAAAGGAACCAUCAUCCGAGUGUUUUCCGUCCCUGAUGGUCACAAGCUAUAUCAGUUCCGGCGCGGAUCGAUACCGUCUAGGAUCUACAGCAUGUCGUUCAAUACCACCUCAACACUUCUCUGCGUAUCUUCCUCCACCGAGACCAUUCACCUGUUCAAAUUGAGCCAGCAGUCUCAGUCAUCACACACCACUCCGUCAUCGUCUUCGCCCACUGUUGCAGACAGGAGAUAUAGCCAAAGUUCCUUUGGCCAGUCGUCGGACCCGGAUGAUGCUGGCGGAGAGUCGGGCUCUUCUGAGCUAGCCUCCAGGAAACACAAUGGAACCUUGAUGGGGAUCAUCCGGCGCACCUCACAAAAUGUCGGCAGCUCGUUUGCCGCGAAGGUGGGCGGGUAUCUUCCCAAAGGUGUCAGUGAGAUGUGGGAGCCCGCUCGUGACUUUGCGUGGAUCAAACUGCCCAAAACCAAUCAAGGUCCCGGCGCCAACGGCAGCAAUGGUCCGCUUCGCAGUGUCGUUGCAAUGAGCACCAACACGCCCCAGGUGAUGGUGGUGACCAGUGACGGAAACUUUUACGUUUUCAGUAUCGAUCUCUCGAAAGGUGGUGAGGGAACGUUGACCAAGCAAUACUCUGUCCUCGACGCGAACGACCGAUUGGGAUACUCAGUCAUGGAUUAUUGA